AUGGAGGAGAAACCUGCAAGUCAAUCCCAAGAGGAGGCUUUGGAGAUUGAUGGGGUGAAGCUGAGGGAAGAGAAAAUACUGCCUCGAGAUGUUGACCUGGGACAGGUGCUGGCGGUCGAGGCUACUCCGCAACAGGAGCGACAGGUUUUGCGCAGGCUAGAUUUGGUACUCAUACCGUUGAUGGGUGUAUGUUACAUGAUGCAAUAUAUGGACAAGCUGGCACUGAGUCAAGCUACGCUCUUCAAUCUUCGACAAGACCUGCAACUUAAAGGUACAGAAUAUACGUGGACCUCUGCUGUCUUCUAUUUCGGGUACUUCGCCUGGAGUUGGCCCAGUUCAUAUCUAAUCGUUCGGUUACCGAUCGCCAAGUAUAUCAGUGUCUCAGUACUACUCUGGGGUGGUGUUCUGAUGUGUCAUGCGGCCGUCAAAAACUUUGGAGGAUUGAUGGCCGCUCGAUUUUUCUUAGGUGUGGGUGAAGCAGCCAUUGCCCCAGGCUUUUCGCUCAUCACCGGCAUGUUCUAUCGACGAGAAGAACAGCCAGCUCGCCAAUCCGCCUGGUUCCUGGGCAACUGUAUCGCUACUGUCAUUGGCGGUGUUGUCGCGUACGGGAUCGGGAACAUUGAAGUCCACUCUAUCACCAGCUGGCAGCUCCUCUUCCUCUUCCUCGGCGCCAUCACCGCAUUCAUCUCCUUUUUCCUCUUUGUUCUGCUACCCGACUCUCCUAAGAAAGCCAUCUUCCUCACCAAACCUCAGCGCGCUAUCGCGGUUCAACGGACCCUCAAAAAUAAAACCGGUGUUGCUGAUGCAGGAACUUUCCAAUGGAAUCAAGCAUGGCUUGCGAUCCGUGAUCCGCAAACCUGGCUUCUCGUGUUGUACACAUUCUGCGUGAACCUCUGCAACGGUGGCGUCACCAGCUUCUCCUCUAUCAUAAUCAACGGGUUCGGCUUCUCUCAAAUCCGCUCCCUCCUUAUGCAGAUGCCCCUUGGCGCAGCGCAGAUCGUCUUCCUGUGCAUGACUGCCACGUUCGCGACCUUCGUGCCUAAUACCCGUAUCCUUAUGAUGAUUCUCAAUACUGUCACCUCGUUGAUUGGCAUGAUCCUUGUCUGGCGCCUCGAUGACACGAACCAAGUGGGUCGACUCGUUGGAUUGUCCCUUGGCGCCGUCUUUGCCGUCAACAUCCCUCUCUCGCUGAGUAUUAUCAGCUCGAAUGUGGCGGGAUUCACGAAAAGAAGCACUACAAGCGCGUUGCUGUUUAUUGCUUACUGCGUCGGCAACAUCGUAGGCCCUCAGUUCUUCCUCUCUUCGGAGGAGCCUCAUUAUCCGACCGGUAUGAAAGCCGCGAUAUCAGGUCUGGCCUUCGGUGCCUUCUUCCUGAUGUGUCUGAUGGCAUACUACGCGUUUGAGAACCGGCGACGAGAUCGGGUGUAUGGCCCUCCCUCACAAAUGACCGAGACGGAGGAGUUAGCGCUGGGAUUGUCCAACCAGACGGAUCUGGAGAUUGAUGAUUUCCGAUACGUUCUGUAA